UUCCAUCACCAUGACAAGCACCACCAGUGACCAAAAGGCCGUGUCCUGCGCCCUGAUGGCCAAACCUCAGCGUCAGCGGCUGGUCAGUAAGGACGGACGGAGCCUGAUGCAAGGCAAUGCCCCGGGCUCCAGAGAGACGUGGUUCGGGGCCAUGCGGGACAUGUGGGGGACGUGGCUGGCGCUGCGCUGGCGAUGGGUGGUGCUGGCGUUCUGCGGCUCCUUCCUGCUGCACUGGCUACUGUUCGCUGUGUUGUGGUACCUGCUCGCCCGUGUUAACGGAGACCUGGACGUGCUCGACCAUGACUCCCCACCACCCGGCCACGUGCUGUGUGUCAAACACGUGACGGGCUUCACCGCCGCCUUCUCUUUUGCUCUCGAGACACAGCUGACCAUCGGGUACGGCACCAUGUACCCCAACGCUGACUGUCCGACCGCCAUAGCCCUGCUCGCCCUGCAGAUGCUGCUGGGACUCAUGCUGGAGGCCUUCAUCACUGGUGCAUUUGUGGCUAAGUUCUCCCGGCCUCAGAAGCACUGCGGUGGGAUCCUGUUCAGUCCUCAGGCCGUAGUGUGUGAGGUCAGAGGUCAGCGUUGCUUGAUGUUCCGUGUCUGUAACCUGCUUCCACGGCCGCUGGUGGACGUGUGUGUGAGCGCCGUUCUCUACGAAGAACAUGACGAUCAUGAACUCCACCAAACCGCGAUUGAAUUCAGCGUCGAUAACCUGGGGUCACGACCUUGCCCCCUUUUCCUGUCACCUCUGACUUUUUAUCACCCUCUAACACCAUCCAGCCCUCUAAACAAUGCCCCAAACACCAAACACUUCGAGUUGGUGGUGUUCCUCACCGCUUCUCAGGAGAGCACAGGCUCUGGGUACCACAAGAGGACGUCCUACCUGCAUGACGAGAUCCAGUACGGCAGCUGCUUCACCAAGGUGACGUCUCAGCACGGAAAAGGCCAGAGCAAAGCCAAAAGCAUGCGCUAUUUUGACACGCAGCCCUGUCCACUCACGCUCCCAAACACACACACCAGAGAUGCACUGGAGAAAGAGCACGUGGUGGUCCAGAUCAACGGAGAAGGCAGUGAACGGGUGGAGUAG